AGAAGAUCUCGUUGUGAUCAGCAGUCCACGCCUCCGCGCGCACACAGUAUUAGAGGAGAGGAACAGGAGCUGCUCUAUUAAAGAGAUGACUUCUUGUUCCUAAGUCUUCGCCUGCUUCUAGUGUCCAAUUUCCCGCACACUUCAAAUUUACUUCCACAAACACAUCAGGAGUUGCUACGAAGUACAAAAUAUUACACUGCUGACAUCAGCAGAGAUUAAUGUAAGAAUGUCAUCUGCAGGAAGCUCGAGUACUCAAACAACAUCAUCCAGUACACUUUACACCAACAGAUCAGGCAGACAAAUACAGAAAAGCACAGGCAAGAAGAGACCGUAUCACUGUUCAGAAUGUGGGAAAAGUUUUACUAUCCCAAGUCAUCUACAAAUACACCAGCGCAUUCACACUGGAGAGAAACCACAUCAGUGCUCGGAGUGUGGGAAGAGUUUUAAUCAACAGAGUGGCCUCCGACUACACCAGCGUAUUCACACAGGAGAGAAACCGUAUGACUGCUCGGAGUGUGGGAAGAGUUUUAAUCAACAGAGUAGCCUCCGACUACACCAGCGUAUCCACACAGGAGAGAAACCGUAUCCUUGCUCCGAGUGUGAGAAGAGUUUUGUUCAAAAGAUUCAUCUCCAAAGACACCAGCGCAUUCACACAGGAGAGAAACCGUAUCACUGUUCAGAGUGUGGGAAUAGUUUUACAGCUCAAAAUAGUCUAAAAGUACACCAGCGCAUUCAUACAGGAGAGAAACCGUAUCACUGCUCAGAGUGUGGGAAGAGUUUUACUGCUCAAAAUAGUCUAAAAGUACACCAGCGCAUUCAUACAGGAGAGAAACCGUAUCGGUGCUCAGAAUGUGGGAAGAGUUUUAGAGAGAAUGGUACCCUCAAACUACACCAGCGCAUUCACACUGGACUGAAACCGUAUUCCUGCUCACAGUGUGGGAAGAGUUUUACUCGACUAGGACCUCUCCAAGUACACCAGCGUGUUCACACAGGACUGAAACCAUAUUCUUGCUCACAGUGUGGCAAGAGUUUUACUCGACUAGGUCCUCUCAAAGUACACCAGUACCACCGGCGCAUUCACACAGGAGAGAGACCGUAUGUCUGCUCAGAAUGUGGGACAGGUUUUACUCGACAGAAUCAUCUCCGAAGACACCAACUCAUUCACACAGGAGAGAAGCCGUAUCCCUGCUCAGAGUGUGGGAAGAGUUUUUGCAGAAAAUAUAGCCUCAGAGUUCACCAGCGCAUCCACACAGGAGAGAAACCGUAUCACUGUUCGGACUGUGGGAGGGGUUUUACUCGACAGAGUUAUCUCGAAGCACACCAGAGCAUUCACACAGGAAAGAAACCGUAUCACUGCGCAGAGUGUGGAAAGAGUUUUGGAGCUUUUGAAACUUUAAAAAAUCACCAGCGCGUUCACACCGGAGAGAAGUUGUACUGCGCUGAGUGUGGCAAGAGUUUUAGUGAACGGAGUCACCUCCGACUACACCAGCGCAUUCACACCGGAGAGAAGCCAUUUCAGUGUUCAGACUGUGGGAAGAGUUUUAGUCGAAAUACUCAUCUCCGGUCACACCAGCGCGUUCACACUGGAGUGAAGCCGUAUCCCUGUUCAGAAUGUGGAAAGAGUUUUACUCAUCCUAGUAGUCUCCAAGCACACGAACGCCGUCACACUGGAGAGAAACCGUAUCACUGCUCAGAGUGUGGAAAGAGUUUUACUCAACAGAGUUCUCUCAAAGCACACCAGCGCGUUCACACUGGAGAGAACCCUAUCACUGCUCAGAGUUGCGGAAAGAGUUUCACUCAAAAGGUUAAUCUUCAAACACACCAGCGCGUUCACACAGGAGAGAAACCCUAUCAGUGUCCAGAGUGUGGGAAGAGUUUCAGUGACAAACGUAAUCUAAGAAAACAUCAGCAGAUCCAUAAGAAAGAGAGACAGUAUCAGUGCUCAGAGUGUGGAAAAAGAUUCCAGGAGCAGACUCAUCUUCAGAGACACCAGCGAGUUCAUACAGGAGAGAAACCGUUUUACUGCUCAGAGUGUGGAAAGAGUUUCAGUCAACAGACUCAUCUCAAAAGACACCAGCGCAUCCACACAGGAGAGAAGCCAUAUCACUGCUCAGAGUGCGGGAAGAGUUUUAACGACAGUCGUCAUCUCCAAAGACACCAGCGCAUUCACACGGGAGAGAAACCGUAUCAGUGCUUGGUGUGCGGAAGGAGUUUUAAUCAGCACAGUAAUCUGAAAGUACACCAGCGUGUUCACACAGGAGAAAAACCGUUUCAGUGCUCAGACUGUGGAAAGACAUUCGCUCUGCAGAGUAAUCUCCGAAUACACCAACGUAUUCACACUGGAGAGAAACCGUAUUACUGCUCGGAGUGCGGGAAGAGCUUCAGGCAUUCAAAUUUAAAAACACAUAAAUGCAUUAAGAAAGAAAUAGUGUAAUACUACUUGAGGGUCAAAUAAAAAACAAGACUGGACAGCCCAGGUUCUGCUGGACCAUCUGCCUCAUGGCAAGUGUGUUGUAGAAUAUAAAAAUAAAAAUUAAACCCUUGUUUUAUGGCAGGAUUGCAGAUUAAUAUUUUGGUUCCAAUCUCCUUUGAUUCCCAUAUUUUACCUGCCACUCAGAUUUUUGACCAGCCACAUUUAUCAAUAAAUAAAUGUAUCAUCUUACUAUUUCUACACUCUUAAAAAAGGUGGUUCUUUAAUGGUUCUUUAGUAAAGGUGAUGGUUCUCUUUAGAACCAUGAGUUCUAUAUAGAACCAUUUCAAGUUUAAAUGGUUAUUUGCAUGGUGAAAUGGUUCUUCAGAUUGAUGCAGAAUAUGUUGUAUAUGGUUCUUUCUAUUACCAUAACAAGCUUGUAACGAGAACAACCUUUUUGGUGCUAUAUAGAACGUUAUACAACACAUUUUCAUAUUACUCAUAACAGCAAUAAUAGUCAUGGUAGUAAUAAUUAAUAUUAGUUAUAAUAAUAAUAGGGACCUCUCUGUAGACCUGCGCAAUCAAACUUUGUCGAUGUGUCGAUCUGGCCGAAGUUUCACAAUCAUUCCCAAAGCCUUCAAUUCUUCCAGAAACACAUCAGCGUCCAUUGUUGAAUCACAGUGAUGUUAAAAUCAUCCUUUGUGGUGGUUCUCAGUCGGAGGUACAGAGAGGUUCUGGACUUAAAGCUACUCUGUACACAAACGUCACAUUUCAGCACAGUAAGCUAAAACAACAAGCCAAGAUGACGUUGGCAUGGCUUCAGGAAAAGUGAUUGCCGAUCGUCCUUGAGUGACCCAACGAGAGUCGUGUCUUGAACCACACAGAACUUUUGUGGAGAGACCUGUAGAAGGCAGUUUGUCAUGUUCCCUACACUAUUUGACUGAGUUUGAGAGAAUCUGCCAGGAAUUCUGGAAGAAACUGCACAAGUCUAGCAGAGUUUGCAGAACUUUCUAACGUUUGUAGAGCAUAAGAGUAAAUCAUCACUGUCUAAAGAAAUGCAAGUGUUUCCAAAAUAGUAACUUCCUUAAUUUUAAUCAUAAGUUAAUGUAAGAAAAUGUUUUAUUCCAAGCAAUUUGGAUACAUUUCUGUUUUUCCACUCAUCAUGAAAUGUUGAAGCAAUGUAAAAGGCAGCUCUGGGUUCAAAUGAUGUAGAAAAGUAAAAAUAAAAA